AUGAGAAGCAAGGAUCUUCACAUUCUCACGUCCGGGAACACUCUGUUCAGCUCGGACACGAGAUUCGGUCCUCAGCACACACCGGGUAGCGACGCGUGGACGCUCAGGCUGGACAACGCCAGGAAGACAGACUCCGGCAAGUACGAAUGCCAGGUGAACACCGAGCCGAAAAUGAUGUAUGCUGUUCAGCUGUCCGUGCGA